AUGCUAGGCGUCGCGGUAAUUGUCGUUGUCAUGUUCUUUUUACAGCAAGGCAUUGUGUUGAAAUCGUAUGCUGUUUCUAGCACUGCAUCGAAUGCAGGCGGUGGUGACAUUGGCAUUUAUAAUUUUUACGUUGGUUUGGCAACAUCGGUAGUGGUCAAACCACUGCUAGGGUUGGUGGGCGCGGUGAUGCCAGCUGUGCUCUUGUGCUUUUUCACGCAGCUGACAAUGCAGGAGAAGAGUUCGCGGUGGACACGAUAUUUGUUGGCUUCAUUGGGAAAUGUUGUGCUUUUACUAUUGCUCAAUGGUUUCAUGGCUCUUUAUGUAAGAGAGAAGACAGUCCGAAUCGACUCAGCCAUUCGACAGAGCGACCUCUUUGCGAAUGAGAGCGUCUCGUUCAUCAAUGGGAGUUUGGGGUCGAGUGCCGACACGAUUCUUUGCAAUGCUAUGCAGAUGCCGGAAUUUGCAGCUGAAAAUGAUGUUGGACAAUGCAGACGGCCUUCCCCACGUCGACUUCCCGCACAGUUGAGCUAUGGUUUUGCGUCUCGUCGAUGGCUAAGCGGUUUGUUGCCGUUUGCACCUGAGUCUACGAAUACGAACACGUUAUCGGUGUCGUUGGGCGAGAAUGUUACUUUGAUCGAAAAAGUGACAAUGCCCAUGAGUUUGUCUGCUGCACGUGGCCUCGUGAACUACGCGAUGCGCGCCACCGAUGACUAUUUUCGGAAACAAGAUGUGCAAGCAAACGCCAGUGUGUUUGAUUUUUUGGAUUUAUCAGACGAUUUCAACGUCGCAUCUUCUGAUGAUACGAACAUGAUUCAAGAACUUGUUAAAGCCACAAACGCAACAAUGAAUCUUGCGGUUAGCACACGGAUGCAUUUGAGAAACUUCAGUAUCGCAGAGAGCAGCGUAGAAUUUGUGCGGUUUCCCUGGAUAACAGACAGUGGCAACUUGGUAUUCGAAGGCGUGACGCUGGAGAUUCCCAUGGAAAAGAAUUUCUUGCGUCGUGAUGUAAAAUUUAUGAAUGACACGACACAGUCUGUGGUAUAUGGAUCGCUGGUUCCAGAGGGGCUGUUUGAGAUUAAUGCGAAAGAGGAGUGUGGUCGUUUCGGCUGUGUAGUGAGCCCCGUAGGAGCUGCAUUGACCAGUGCUCCAGCUGACGAAGGAAGUCAGGUGCGAGCUUUGCCUAUCUGCUUAGAUGCAGAUGGCAAUGAAGAUUAUAAGGCCACCAUGAAUGUCGACGGCAACGAGUGCGAGCGUCGCUCUACUAAUUCCAUAAUAGUACUUAGUUUUGCCAAGCGAAUUGUUGGUGACGCUAUCCGUUCGUCGCUUGUUGGCAAUUCAACAGGUGAAGCGCUUGUCGUAGAGCUGGUGAACGCACGAAAAAUUUACCAGGUGACUGCGGGUCGAUUGUCGUGGGAUACUACUGACCUCGCUUCCACGUUUGACGCUUCAUGCGAGGCGAAUGACUGCAACGGAGUUGCAUUUCCGUUAUCAGGUAAUGAUCAGAUGGUUAUUGUAGGCAGUAGCCAUAUUCCAGUGAAGGACUUGGCAAUGUACACUCCAUCAUUAUUGCUUUGGACUUCUCUCGUGACUUCAAAUGUACAAGAGGUGGAUACGAGUGACAUCUUAAAGAGUGAUUUUGUUUUCCCUAAAAAUUUUGUUGACACCACCGACUGGAUUCCAGUCGAUAGUUCUCGAUGUGAACGCGAACGUGGCGUUUUUAUGGAUCGUGUGCAGAGCUCUCACUUGUAUUCGGAGCGAUCUUUACAACCGGCAUAUCAGUCGGCAUUGUUUUGGUUGUUCCAGUAUGGUGUCGAGAAGCAAAAGACCAGUGAGUCGACCUUAGCGUUUGAUACGAAUGUCAAAUACGUGGAUGUGACGUUGUCAGUACCGCAUCUUUCAGCCACACUAACUUUUGCUGGUUGUGCACUAAUGGUCCUCAUGGGAGCAUUGGUAUAUUUUGGGGGCAAGAGCCGCGAAGCUGACAUUGAGCGGCACUUCAAACCUCAUCAUCUGGCUCGGAUACUUCUCGAUGAUGAAGCGUUCUCGCACAAACUGCUUCAGUGUGAUCUGCUAAAUGUUGGCAACAAAUACUUGAAUAGCUCCGAACUGCUUGAUCAGUUUGAGAUAAGCGGACUGGCACUACGACAUCGCAAACAUCCGUCUGACGUGCUGCUUGUGCCUAAAGCUCAACAAUCUUUAACUGCACCCGCCGCAUCAAGCCAGGCAGCACAUAUCGUGUAA